AAAAGGUGGCGACAGCAGCACAGCAAACUAUGAAAACACAGCGGCUUCCGUUCCGCGUUGGGACUCUAAACACUUUAAAUCAUGGAUGAUUCAGACACCGGCGCUAUUCUUGCGGAGGACCUGGAGUCGAGUGACUCCAGCAAAGUCUGUUGUUGUUUUAGGGUGCCACAAAACAAACGUCCACCGCCGUGUUCAUGUCCGUUUUCCGUGACCGUGGAGCCCGUUAUGUUCCUGUCCACGUUCUCCAUAGCUCUCCAGAUGCCUCUGUACACGCAGUACCUGUGGGAUCGUAUCAGUGAAGAUGUGGGUUAUAAUAAUGGAACAAAGGGAGGAGGAUGUAAUGCAUCUACAGUCCACGAUCCUCUGCAGAAGGAAGUGGAGACUCGGACGGCACACUGGAACCUGUACAUCAAUCUGGGUGGAUUUGUAGUUGGGCUGAUCAUGGUGACCCUGCUGGCAUGGAGCGACCGUGCAGGUCGGCGUCUUGUUCUGAUCAUCCCUUCCCUUGGCCUGGCUGUUCAGGCGACUGUGUAUUUGAUUGUAAUGUACCUGAAGCUGCCUGUGUUCUGGUUCUUCAUUGGGAGAAUCUGCAGCAGCCUGUCUGGGGACUUCAACGCCAUUUUGGCCGGUUGCUUUGCAUAUGUGGCUGACACAAGUGCCAGGGGUUCUCGUACCUUCCGUGUGGCAAUACUAGAGGCUUGUCUGGGGUUGGCUGGUAUGUUUGCGAGCAUCAUCGGAGGACAGUGGCGAAGGGCACAAGGGUAUAUCAACCCAUUCUGGCUGGUAUUGGCCACAAAUCUUGCAGCGGCCCUUUACAUAUACCUUUUUGUGCCUGAAACGGUCACCCCUGACCCAGAGGCAAAGCUCCUCUCCACCAGGCACCACCGGGCCGUCUACCGCCUCUAUGCAUCUGAUGCACCGCAGGGGCGUAGAACUAAACUCUGGUUGUACACUCUCUGCUUCUUUUUUGUGGUGUCUGUACAUUUCGGCUGCAGUGACCUCUAUGUGCUGUAUGAGUUGAGCGCUCCGCUCUGCUGGGGUCCAGAACUGAUCGGUUAUGGCUCUGCGGCCAAGCAUCUGGCCUACCUCACUAGCCUGACGGGGCUGAGGGUCAUGCAGUGCUUUCUGGAGGACUCCUGGGUGGCUUUGGUGGGCCUUUCCUCUAAUGUAGUUGGCUUGAUUGUGUUUUCGGUUGCUAACACUACAGCUCUGAUGUUUACAGGAUAUGGGUUGUGCUUCCUUUUUAUGGCUUCUACCCCAGUCCUGAGAUCGAAACUGUCCACGCUGGUGGACCCUGCAGAACAAGGUGCUCUGUUUGCUUCAGUGGCGUGUGUGGAAGGCCUGUGCUCACUAGUAUCUAGUGGGGUCUUUAACUCUCUGUACCCUGCCACCCUACACUUCAUGAAAGGAUUCCCCUUUAUCUUUGGGGCCGUCAUCCUCUUUAUACCAGCUGGCAUUAUCGGGGGCUUGGAUUGCCAGGAGAAGAAAGAGAGCAGAGAAAAUAGAGAAGGCUCUGGAAUAUCCUGACAUUGACUCUGUGAGAGUUAUGCUAGAUCCAAAAUAUUCUAAAGCUGACUGCUAAUAGAGUGCACAAAAGGGAGUCAUGUGCAAUACGAAUAUUAGUCUGGGCUUAGUUUUUUGUUUUUUUGUUUGUUUGUUUUUUUAAAGAAAUGAUUUUAUUGA